AUGGUGGAGUUGGUGAGGUUGAAGAUUGUGAAGGUUAGGGGAAAUGAAGGGGGAAAUAGCAAUUGGACCUCGUGCACGGGGAUCGCGAAGUUUUUGAAACGUGUGGGGAGUAAAGUGAAUAGGGUGAAGAGGAGAGAAUUGAAGAGGUUGAGAUAUCUUGGAUACUCAGCGGUAGGGGCAGCAGGGAUAGCGGCGGGGAGGUUGGAUGAAAUGAUAAAUGUGUGGCGGCGCGCGUAUUCCAGUGGGAAAGGGGAUUUUUGCGUAGGAAAUAGCGAGCACCACGCGACGCGGAAUCAGUUGUUGAAUUGCUAUUUAAGUGACUCGGAGAAGGAUGAAUUUAUUUCUUUGGGGGGUAUGCACCGCAUGGAAAGGGUGGAGGAAAUGAACAUGACACGGGAGAGUAUGAACGAAUUGCUUAGGCUCACUGGUGGCGGUGGAAACCCCUUGGAACGCUACGUCCACAGCGCAAACUGCCACCUAACAAACACCCGUCCGGGGGCGGCUACCUCUCCGAAAACAGCACCUCCAGAGGAAUACUCUGGGGAGAUAGAAUUAUUUCCCUUAAACGAAGUGGAAGAGGAUUCGUUGGGGGGACAGGAAAAACCCGUGCAGAGGUUCUAA